AUGGGCAACUGUUGCUCCGGCAAGGGCAGCGAUGCCCCGGUCACCGACAACAACAAGGGAGGAGAAGCAAACGCCGACAACCAACAGAACAAUGCAUCAACAGGAGGAGGUGGAAACAACCCCGGGACAUCCACCCCUACCAAACCUCCGUCCUCCAAGCCUUCUCCGACACCGUCCCCUCCUCGGGCGAAAAAGGCCACCCCGAUCGGCACCGUCCUUGGCCGGCCCAUGGAGGACGUGAAGGCCACGUAUAGCAUUGGAAAGGAGCUAGGACGAGGACAAUUCGGAGUCACACAUUUAUGUACAAAUAAAGCAACGGGCCAGCAAUUUGCAUGCAAAACCAUAGCCAAAAGGAAGCUUGCGAGCAAAGAUGACAUAGAAGAUGUACGUAGGGAGGUUCAAAUCAUGCACCAUUUGGCUGGUCAGCCUAAUAUUGUGGAACUCAAAGGUGCGUACGAAGAUAAACAAUCGGUUCAUCUCGUCAUGGAGCUCUGCGCCGGGGGCGAGCUCUUCGACCGGAUCAUCGCCAGAGGUCAUUACACCGAGCGAGCCGCCGCGUCCUUGUUGAGAACCAUAGUGCAGAUCGUCCAUACUUGCCAUUCCAUGGGCGUCAUACAUAGAGAUCUUAAGCCUGAGAAUUUCCUCUUGCUUAAUAAGGACGAGAAUUCUCCCCUCAAAGCCACCGAUUUCGGUUUAUCCGUUUUUUACAAGCAAGGAGAGGUAUUUAAAGACGUUGUUGGGAGUGCAUAUUAUAUAGCACCAGAAGUAUUGAGGAGGAAAUACGGGCCAGAAGCUGAUAUCUGGAGUGUUGGUGUUAUGCUUUACAUUCUUCUUUGUGGUAUUCCUCCAUUUUGGGCAGAAUCUGAAAAUGGAAUAUUCAAUGCAAUAUUACGAGGGCAUGUUGAUUUUACAACCGAUCCAUGGCCAAGCAUAUCUGCUUCAGCAAAAGAUCUCAUCAGAAAAAUGUUGAAUUCAGAUCCCAGGCAGAGGCUCACAGCCUAUCAAGUCUUGAAUCAUCCAUGGAUAAAGGAGGAUGGAGAAGCACCAGAUACGCCUCUUGAUAAUGCUGUGCUCAACAGACUCAAGCAAUUCAGAGCGAUGAAUCAAUUCAAGAAAGUUGCUCUAAAGGUAAUUGCUGGGUGCUUAUCAGAGGAAGAAAUCAUGGGGUUAAAGAAAAUGUUCAAAGGAAUGGACACUGACAAUAGUGGAACCAUAACCAUUGAAGAGCUCAAGCAAGGGCUUGCAAAGCAGGGCACAAAACUAAGUGAACAAGAAGUCAAGCAAUUAUUAGAAGCUGCUGAUGCUGAUGGCAAUGGAACCAUAGAUUAUGACGAGUUCAUUACAGCAACAUUGCAUUUGAACCGAAUCAACAAAGAAGAACAUCUUUAUACUGCUUUCCAAUACUUUGAUAAAGACAAUAGCGGGUUCAUUACGGUUGAAGAACUAGAGCAGGCACUCCGAGAAUAUAACAUGCAUGAUGGUAGGGACAUCAACGAAAUAUUAUCAGAAGUCGAUUCCGAUAAUGAUGGUCGGAUCAACUAUGAGGAGUUCUCGGCAAUGAUGAGGAAAGGAGCUCCGGAAGCCCAAACCAGGAAGAGACGUACGGAGUCAUUUGUUUAA